AUGGCCGCCGCAACGUCGCCCGGGACAUCCUCUACACCGCCCCUGAAGAGGGCGACAGCCGCAGCAGCCGCAUCGCGAACCCCGGGCACCACCGCAGCAAGCCGCGAGAUAGAAGAUUUGAAGGCAAAGCUUAGGGUGCUAGAGCGAAAACGAAUCGAAGAUCGUGACAAGCUCCAGCAGCUUGACAAGGUUCAGGGCGAACGCGACAAGUUUGAGACCAUCAUCCAGAAGCUCCAGCAAAAAUACCAGCCGCAGCAGCAGGAGAAUGCCGAACUGAGGAAACAGCUAAAGGAGGCAGAGGCCCGUUUCGAGUCCGUGGAGGCCAUGCAGGCCGAGCAUGAUUCUGCCCUGGAGCUCGCUGCCCUGGACAGGGAAAUGGCCGAAGAGACGGCAGAAGUCCUGAAGAUGGAGCUCGAGACGCUGAAGCAAAAGACCGAGGAGCUUGAGCUGGAGGUCGAGAUUCUUCGAGAGGAGAACACCGAGUACAGCAAAGGCAUGACGCCCGAAGAACGCGCGAGCACCGGUUGGCUGCAGAUGGAACGGACGAAUGAGCGACUGCGCGAUGCCUUGCUGAGGCUCCGAGACAUUACCCAGGAGCAAGAAGAGGGAUUGCGAGACCAAAUCACCGGACUCGAGGAAGAGUUGAAGCAGUUCAAUGCCGUCAAGGCUGAAAAUGCAAAGACGAAGGAGAAGCUGGACAAGUCCGAAGCCGCAGUUGAUGACCUUCGCCAGCAGCUCGACAACGCUCUCGGGGCCGAAGACAUGAUUGAGGACCUCACGGAUCGCAACAUGAGCAUGUCGGAGCAGAUCGAGGAGCUCAAGGCCGUCAUCGACGACCUCGAGAACCUGAAAGAGAUCAAUGACGAGCUGGAAGCCAACCAUGUCCAGAACGAAAAGGAGAUGCAGGAGGAUCUCGACUUCAAGGACAGCGUCAUUGCAGAACAGGCACGCCGGGCCGCCCAACAAGAAGAGUCGUUUGAAGACAUGGAGUACACCCUUUCCAGGUUCCGCGAGCUCGUCACCAGCUUGCAGAGCGACUUGGAGGACAUGCGGGCCUCACAGGCCGUGACCGAGGGCGAAUCCGAGAAACUGAACGACCGUUCAAGAGCCAUGAUGGAUCUCAACAUGAAGCUUCAGCUUUCCGCUGCCAAGGCACAAGUCAAGACGAUCGAUCUAGAGCUUCGCCGACUGGAGGCAGAGGAAGCAGGCAAGCAUCUCGAGAUUGUCAGACUUUUCUUGCCCGAUACCUACCUGGAAGACCAAGACUCGGUCCUUGCGCUGUUGCGAUUCCGCAGGCUUGCGUUCAAGGCCAACCUUUUGAAUGGCUUCAUCCGGGAGCGCGUCAGCGGCCAGCCUCACCCUGGCCACGAGGACGAUGUCUUUGCGGGCUGCGAUGCGGUUGACAACCUGGUAUGGGUGUCCGCCAUGUGCGACCGCUUCGUCAACGACAUUAGCCACUGUUCGAUGGAGCGGUUCUCAAAGUACCAGAAUGCCCUGCACGAGCUCGAGCCCGUGGAGCGGGCGCUCAAUGCCUGGAUCGAUGGACUGCGACGGGACGACCUGAAGGAAAAGAACUGCGCAGACGAAUUGCAUCGCACCGUGUCUCUCAUGUCACACCUCGCCGAGGUCCACAUCUCCGCCGGGCUGUCCAGCUUUGCCGACGAGGUCCACAUGCGGUCGCUGGUGGUCCAGAGUCACCUUGAGUCCGCGGCUGUUGCGUUCAACACGACGAAGCUCAUGGUGCAGCGUGUGCUACCGGCAGAGGGUCAAGAGGGCGAAGACGACGAGCUGGGCCAUCACUUCGCCAAGAAGUUCGACUUGAUCAUCACGCAGACCAGGAGCACCAAGGUCAUUGCUGGCAAAGCCGUGCGGGCCUUGGAAGACCUCAAGACGCGAUCACUGUCGCUUUCGCCAGACACGAGAGAGGCAUUUGAACAAUGCGAGAGUGGCAGUCUGGACCUGGCAACCCUGGCCCGCAAGAUUGGCAACAGCGUCCACAAGCUCUUUACGCAGGACGAAGGUCGCAACGAGCCCUUCACACACGAGGAGGUCCAGGAUGUCGUUCAAGCCGCCGCUACGGAGAUUGGCGCGGCCAUGGAGACGGAUUCGAUAUCGCACUACUUGUCCAAGCUUCGCGCGGUCAACAGUCAGAUCACUGACCUGGCCGGGCUGGCCACGGAUCUGGAGCAGACGCAAGAGUUUGACAUGAGCCCUGCUCCCUGGCGCCUCCGAUCUCAGGAGCUCAAGGCGCUCAAGACGGUGCCCGUGGACGCAGAGGAAGAACUGCGCCGGCUCAGGGAGGAGCACAACGAGGCCCGCCGCACGAUUGCGCAGCGCGAUGAGCACCUCAGCACUGCUGUGCUCAAGAUAGAGACCUUGGAGUCCCGCAUGCGGGAUGCACAAGCUAAUGUCGAACGCAUCACAAACCUGCAGAAGCAGCUCGAAGCGUCGGGCGAGCAGGUCACAAGUCUGAAGGAAGACAUCGAGAAACAGGACCGGGAGCUCAAGAAUCUCGAGUCGGAGCGCGACAAGUGGAAGAAGAUUGCCAGCGACAGCCGGGCGUAUGCCGACGGCGCCGACGCUGCGGGCAUGAAGGCCGGACAGGAGCGUGCGGUGGCAACGGCCCGGGAGAUGGAUGCCUUGAAGAAGGACAUCGAGAGCUUGCAAUCGGCCGUACGGUAUCUGCGCGAGGACAACCGCCGUGCUCGCACCAAGGAACAGCAGGGCUACGACUGGUUGGCCGAGCCGUUGACGAAGCCAACAGGCCUCGCGGAGCAGCGGAAGAAGUUGCUCCAGACCGAGGGCAAGGACGUCCUCGGCGAGCUGAUCAAGGUGGCGACGUCGGCGACGCUCUUUGACUUCUCCGCCUUGCCCAAGGACAAGCUCGCCUGGCGCCCGGCCAAGACGACGCCGCAGUACCACACCGCAAAGCAAAUGGAAGACUACGCCGCCCUGUCUUCGUGGCAGGACGCCGUGGUCAAGAAGUCUGCCAUGCUUCGCGCUGGCAUGGACGACGGCUCGGGGCGGCUCAUCCGCAACCCCGCGGCGCAGCUGCAGAUCAGGCUGCCCCGCGGCGACGGCAAGGCGAUGAUGGCCGGGACGGGCAUCGGCGCGGGCGGCGUGCAGGUGGUGGGAUCGCGUGAGUGGGAGGCGCUGCAGGGGAGCAGGGGCAGGAUGGCUGCUGUAUGA